AUGUCAUGCUCACCACCACGCGCACCGGACGCGUCCGCGAAGCCCCGACCAAAACUUCUCGCAGCAUUACGGAAACCCGCACCAGAAUCUUCGGAGAGCGAGCCCGAGUCUGAUGACGGAAGCUCAGCAUCCGAAAACGAGUCAUCCACUCUCACCACUAUACCAAAACCCCUCACGACGACACGGCCACAGCUCGACAUAACACAACCCAACGACCAUGACGAGAGCGAUGGAGAAGAUGCAUACGAACUCAUGAAGAAACGACUGGCUGCAGCCAAGACCUCAAAAGCAGCCGAGCCAGCACCACAACAAGCAUCAGACCACACAUCUGUCGUUGCUACCAUUGAAAGUAGCGAGGAUGAAGACGCAAUGCCUGUUCGAACCAAAGUCCGCAAAUCAGUCGCGCAGAGGAGCAGGACUACAAGCCCACCAUCACCAGGUCUAUUUGUCACGCCAGACCCUUCACCAAGCAAGAACAAGUCCCGACCACCAUUGGAUGCCGGCUCCGAUUCAGAAGCAUCGCAGCCCACACAAAACACUGAUUUGCAAGAGCGAGUACGGCGCAUCCGGGAGGAGCGAUUGGCGAAACAGCAGGAGCAAGAAACACAACAAACAAAGCCCAACAAGGCCGCGCGGCGGCAAGCAGAUGCCGGCUCUGGUAGCGACACAGAUGGCGAGAGCGGCAGGCGGCUUACCCAACAGGCCAAGCCGACUCGAAGAGCGGGCAAGAAAGCCAUCGAGGCCAUGGCCCGCGACCAGCAGCGUAUCAGUCGCAAUAUGCAGCUCACGCACCAAGCAAAGACGAAGAAACGCUUCACUACACAGGAUCUGUUUAAGAAGUUCAACUUCCAAGCACCAAAUGCUGAUGCCCAAGUUCUGCCAACCCCCGAACCCAGUUCAGCGUUGGCUUCUUCUGAUGCAGAAGUGAACCAAGUGCAAAACACUCCACCGACAAGCCCACAACAACAAAACGGUGCUUCCGAACAACAAGCUAUUCCAAAUAUUCAGCAACCACCUGUGCCAGCAUCAGACACGCAGAACGACAUUCUCUCCCCAGAGCCCGUCAAGUCCGACAAGGGCAAAGGAAGAGCGCCCGAGUUCCAACACCUACCAGAGCACCCUUGGAUGAAACAGUCAGGAACAGUGACCGUACAAAAUGCCUCAGUACAGACAAGCAAGGCUCCAAAUCAUGACAUGGUGGAACUCUCUGAUUCGGAUGAUGGCCUUUCGGCGGAAAAGCCAAAGAGCAGAUUUCCAGUCUUCGACCGACUCCCGACGAAGAAGCAGCACGAAGCAGCUUCACUCGUGCGUCUGCGUGCCCUUGCCCAGUUGACAAAAUCUCCUCCAAAAGUCAAGAAAGGCCAGAAGUCUGUCACUCGUGGCGAGAUGGAGAUGCUGCUGGCGCAAAAGGCUCGUGAGCAGACUGCAAAAGCCCGAGAAGAGAGGAUUGCUGAGCUCAUCCGACGAGGUCAUAACCCUGAGACCGAGGAGGAGAGGGAAAAGCGCCAAGUCGAGAUUGAUGACAUGGUGGCACUGCUUGAGAAACAGAGACAAGAGGACCUUGAGCUUGCUAAAAUGGAAAGAAAGGAGGCCAAGAAGAAUGGUGAAACGAUAGAUAACCUGCCAUCCAGUGAUGAGGAAGAUGACGACUACAUUGGAAGUGGAGAAGAGGACGCAGGUGAGGACGAUGACGAGAACGAAGAGGAAGAAGUAGAGGUCGAGCUCUCUGGUUCAGAGGAUGAAGAGGUUGAGCAUUCUGAUGAUAACGAAGGCAACCGAGCCGAAAAUACCGACGGCCUCGUUGACGAUAUGACUGACGAGGACAAGCCAGAGAUGAAGCAAGCAGCACAUGACCAAGAUGCAAAUAUGGAAGACGACGAUGGCAGUGUUCCUGUUCGAAGGCAGACUGUCAUCAGAGCCCGCAAUAGAGUCGUUGACGACGAUGAGAGCGACACUGAAACAGUCAAGAAUGCCACACCGACCCAGCCAACCACUCAGAACGAUGCCAUGGCAGCUUUCGGCUUCGGUAAGGCCAACACCGAUGUAGGCCUUACCCAAAUGUUCGCUGGCACCAUGGCGGACCUUGAAUCCGAGUCUCAGCCGCCUGCUGCUGCUCUUGACCCCGAGCAAAAUUCUCUCGACUUUUUACGGAACCUACCCGAAACCCAACCUGGCGCAAAUUUUAGCCAGGCAUCAGACUUCAUCGUUCCCAAUAGCCAAUCUUUGAUGUCACCACAAAAGGGAUCACAGACUGGCCACGAAUCCCAGCUCAACUUGGAUAUCAGCCAGGUGGUCAAGACUUCGCCCGACCUUGCACAGACACAAGUCGAAGAUUUUGAACCAACCCAGGACGCUGGGUUUUCCUUUUCUCGCUCACCAGUGGGUCUUGCGCCGCCACCAUCUACAGUGGACACUGUCAUGAUGACUGUUGCUGAAUCUCCAAUCAAACAAAGGAAGGGCAAGCUUCAGCGUGGACGACGAGAGGCGACUGUCGAGCUUUCAGAUGCUGAUGAAGACUUGGUCAAUAAUGAAGAGGAAGAGAGCGAAGACGAUAUUCAGCGUCCGCCCAAGCCAAGCAAAGAUGCCUUCAGAAGAAUGCAGGAGGCAGCCAAGAAAGCGAGAGCCGCCGAAGAGUUCGACAAGAAGAACAGCUUGGCAAGGGAGGCUGUCAUGGAGCAGGCUGAGGAGUCUGAGGAUGAGUACGCUGGACUUGGAGGAGCCAGUGAUGAUGAAGAGGGAGAGGAGGAUGAAGAGCUCAAGGCCAUGAUUGAUCACAACGAUGUCAAGGUCGACGAACGCCAAAUCGCUGCUUUCUAUGCUGACAAAACGAAGAAAGACGACGAGAAGCAGAUUGCCGACCUUUACAAGAAGAUGCAAAGCAAGGGUGGUCUCCGCAAGCAUGCUGGCGGCUAUGAUGGCUUCGACAUGUCAGACUCUGAAGACGAGGCUGAGAUGCGCCAGCGCAGGAAGCGAGCGGAAUUCCAAAAGCAGACGAAUGCGUUGCUGCAAGACCAGAAGGUCAAGGCUCUGGCUGACGACGCAAAGAAGAAGGCGUUCUUCAACACACUGGCCGACUUUGCCGACGAGGGCGAAUACGACUACCUCAACAUGCCUGAGAAUGAAACGGAAGUAGACUCUUCGCAGUCUCCAUCCCAACCACAAACCCCGGACGACGACAUUGCCAUUCCAGACUCACAAAGCCUCGCUACCUCAACAAACAUUCCGCUGAAACGUAAAUCAGAGAGCUCACAAAAAGAGAACCGCCCGCCUCCACACAUGCGCCGCACAGCCGCCUCCGACACAUUGAGCCGCAAGCCCCUCACAGCCGACGAUGUCAAGCACUCCAUCUCGGAGCUCAUCGAAGACCCACGCAUUGUAAUUCCCAAUUCUCAGCUCUCAGACGCAGAGGAAGACGACGAUGAGUCCAUGCCUACAACCAAGCAAUCUUCACACCGAAAACCAAUCAUCGACCGCCUGACACUAAGCCGGCAAUCGACCGUCGACGACUCCACCGUAAGCGCAGAUUCCAAUCUAGCAUUCCACAGCUCGAAGCGCGUAGCUUCGGCUCCAGGCUUCCGCGUCCCCUCGCUCAUCCGCCAGGCUACUAGCAAUCUCUCUGUGAGCAGCGAGCGAUCCUCCGGUAGCGGUGCACCUGCGUCUGCGUCCAAGGAGUCCGGCGUCAGGAGAGGCGGUACCGGACGCAGCAAUAUCCAUGCGCAAGCCAGAGAAGCGGAGCGCAGACAACUGCUGGACAAGAAGGAAAGUAAGCGGAAAGAGGCGCUCAAGAAGAAGGUUGAGGGCGGUAGGAACAAGGGCAUGAGGAGUGUGUUGAGUGAUCUUGGAGGUGGAUUUGAAUAG